AUGUUAUUCCUCUCUAGCGUUGCUGUGGCUCUCCUCGCGGGUCCGGAUCCAGCUCUCGGGGCGAUCACCUCUAGCCUACAGAGCAUCUUAAAAAACACCCAUGGCAGCCCAGACUAUAGGUAUCCCACUGAUCUAACAAGAGAUCUAUUACCCAUUCCUGUUCAUUCUCAUAAUGACUAUUGGCGAGACGAGCCUUUCUAUACCGGUCUCUCACAUGGCUGCACAUCUACCGAAGCCGAUGUCUGGUUAUACAAUGGCACCCUCUAUGUUGGCCACGAUGAAUCCGCCCUGACGGAGUCUCGAACUCUUGAAUCCUUGUAUAUCAACCCAAUUUUAGACGUGCUAGAGCGCCAGAACCCCGAGAGUCCAUUUAUAUCAUCGCCAACUAAAAACGGUGUGUGGGAUACCGUUCCCGACCAAACGCUUUACUUCUUCAUUGAUGUGAAAACAUCCGGCCCCGAGACGUUCCAGGCGGUAAUUGCCGCUUUAGAGCCUCUAAGAGAGAAGGGCUACUUAACUACCGUCAAGGAUGGCAAAACCGUUACCAAUGGACCCGUCACCAUCAUUGGCACCGGAGAGACACCGUUCGAUAUGGUAGCGCCCAUCAAAGACCGAGACUACUUCUUCGAUGCGCCGCUGGCAGAUCUCAAUGAUCCCAAAUAUGCCGAUAUAACUGGCGUUAUCUCGCCUGUUGCUUCGACGAAUUUCCGGGAAGCCGUCGGCAAGAUAACUGUCGAUACAGAUCCAAUUCUCUCAGACGACCAACUCAAAGCUCUCCGGGACCAAAUUUCCACCGCAAAUGAGCGCGGUAUUGGGGCUAGAUAUUGGAACACGCCACACUUCCCGAUUCGUGCACGAAACCUUGUCUGGAGGACUCUUUUGAGAGAAGGAGUCAUUCUACUCAAUGCCGAUGAUCUAGAUGCUGUGGCUUCUUACUUUUAA